UCAAAGCGGUUUAUGCUGAGCAUGCGAAAAAAGGUCAAAACUAUGAUACAAGUCUUUGUUGCUGUUCUGGAUGCUCUUUUAAAAGUGAAAUUAAUGAAGGAAUUGUAUUUAUUACUUUUAUCGAAGCACAGGAUGACCACCUUUCUUGGGAAACCGGGCUGCAGGGCAGUUUUUCAACAUCAUCAUCAUCAUCAGGAGCCCAAACAACACCUUCAAGUGCCUUGCUGAAGAAAAUGGAUAUGAUGGAGUGGCCCGAGGUGAGCGAAGGAGCAGCUGUGCAACUGUUGCUAGGAGACGCAUUCCUCCACCGCCAGGCGGGCUGGAACAGAGUCAGGAGGUGAACAAACCUGCCCAGUUGUGGUUGGCGGGAGGAGGGUGGAGGCAUCGGACGAGUGAAAGAGAAAGAGAGAGAGAGAGAAGUGGAGGUGGGCGGGUCACACAGACAGGAAGUGUGCUUGAGAGGAAUUUCAAGUCAGAGUCGAGGAGGACGCUGCUGAGCAUGGAUGUGAACGCUGCCGUGGACAAGAUGUCAGUGCAGUCGAGUGCAGCAUCUCCAGCUGUGUGUCUGAUUUGCAAGGAAGGCUGCUCUGGUUUAAAGCCUCAUUCUUGGAGGAAAGUCUGCGUGGGAUGCGGUUGCAGCUCAGUGGACCACGCCCCCGGUACCCACAUCGAUGACGACCAGCAGAUGGGUCGCCUGCUUGCUGACUCGCCCUCCGCUCACCUGACGGCGAAGGUCAAAGGGGGCGGUGGCCUUCGCCUGUACAAGAGGAACCGCAUGAUUGUGACCAAUCCUGUGGUGUCGCGCAAAGACCCCACCUUCAACACCACCACCUACGACUGGGCGCCGGCCGGCCUCAACCAGAAACUGGCCAAGCAGUACAUGGAGCUGAUGCCAGAGAGCCAGCGUCCGGUCUCUGGCACCGGAGGGGCGUUGCGGCGUCGCAGGCAGAUCCUAAGCCAACUUCCUGCCUACGACCAAGACCCCAUGAAGUGUCAAAGCCUGGCCAGUGAUGAAGAGAUUUCCUCCAUGCUGGUGUUUGUGAAGCACUACAAAAAGGAGGUGCUGGGGGUUGGGGAGGUGGCUCUACCUGCUGAGGGUGGAGCUCUGAGGGAGGCGGCCGUUCAAAGGUCCAUGAAGGAAGCCAAAGAUGUUGUGGAGCAUCAAAUUCCCAACCCGACAGAAAACAGCACCGCUUCUUCUGAUAGAUCCACUAAUGGCGCAGAUCAUGGCGCAAAAACUCGUAAAUAUCACUGCACUGGUUGCCAAAGUGAGGUUUCCACAGAGAGUCCGGCAGUUUUUGCAGAGCGUGCAGGUUACCAUGGCGCCCAAUGGCAUCCCACCUGCUUUGUGUGUUCUGAGUGCGGAGACGGACUCGCGGACUUGGUCUACUUCUGGUCCAAUCAGAGACUGCUGUGCGGGCGACACUACUGUCAGAGCGUCUGGCCGCGGUGUUCCGGCUGCGAUGAGCUGAUCUUCAGCAAGUCUUUUCACACCACAGAAGAUGGAAGAACAUGGCAUACUGAUCACUACUGCUGCUGGAGAUGCGGACAAAGCCUGGAUACACCCUGCCAGCACUGACGCACAAAAUAAAUAUUCACUUCCUGUUGCUUAGCAUGACUGCUUUACAUACAAAUGACACAUAGUUAUAAUGACUGUAGUGGCUAUUUGGUAUUAUGGAGUUGGAGAUCUUCCAAAGUACUUAAAGACGAGCUGAGCUGAUGUAUCGACUUUUAUACGUUUGACGUUGAUGUGAUCCAGUUGAGCAAGAAAAUGUAACAUCGAGAAAAGAAACUGGUUUGGUUUUGCAGAGCAGAUUUAUUUAUAGCAGACAUGAAGAAGGUUUAAACUUCUAAAAAACUGGACCUAAUGUGACUAAGCUGUAAUAGAGUGAUUACAGUAUACUAUAUCAUGUUUUCAACCCUGGGUGCUAUGUACUUGUUGGACUUUUCUGCAAGUAGUUUUUGGUUUCGCUACUUUUUGAUGCAUUAUUCUGAUUAUCUGACAUUUCAUUUCUUUUCAGAUACUUUGCAGAACUCAAUAGUCCCCUAAACUAUUUCACUAGAGCAAGGAUGUCCAAAGUGCGACAUGGGAGCCAUUUGUGUGUUUUUUUUUAAUUGGUUCUCAGCACAUUCUAAAAUUAAACAACAAAACUAAAAAAAAAUAAAUAAAAAUAAUAUGAAUGAAAAAAGAGCAGUCAUUUUCCAGAAAUAUAGUAAUAAUCUUUUGUGAAUAAAAAUUGUAAUCUUAUAAGAGAAAAAGAGCAAAAUUGUAAUAUUUUGAGGACAAAAAUUUAAUUUUAGAAGCAUAAAGUAAAAAAAAAAAUUACAUUGUAAAAAGUAUUUUUUUCACAUGUUAAUAUUUUAGAAACAAACAAAAGAAUAAGCAGAAUAAAGCUAAUAAACCAAUAAUAAUAAACAAAUAAACAAAAAAUAAUAAAUAAAUAAAUAAAUGUGUACUGUAGUUGAG